AAUGAACUAUCCCAUAAUUCCAAUAAUCAUGGCGACUGGUUUUGAAAUCGACGAUUUGGUGUGGGCAAAGAUGAAGGGAUUUCCGGCAUGGCCGGGAAAGAUCAUAGAGCCAAAACCUGAAGUGAAGAAGCCUGCUAAUAACAAGAAAGUGCACCACUUUGUCUUUUUCUUCGGGUCUGAAAACUAUGCUUGGAUUCCAGAAGAAAAUGUCUACUUGUAUAGUGACCACAGAGACAAGUUCAAGCUCUCAAAAAGAAUUCCUAAAGGAUUCAAGGAAGCCCUGGAAGCAAUAGAAGAUGAAUUAAAGGAAAAACCAUUUAUUGUAAGCAGACUGUACUGUUUAUUUUUAGCUCUACUGGUCCAAGACCAGAAGAGCUUAUGUGACA